UUAUAAAGCGAUCUGCCGUCGAGCUGUUCACCCCACCGUCCCCCGCCGUCGUAUGAAUCACUGAGCCGAGCCGCAUCCCCAGAUCUACCGCAACCCGCGAAGAUGGCGACCCGGGUCGUAAUAUUUUAUAAGACCAUGCAAGCUGCCCGAUGCCCGACAGAUGAGCUGUCACUGACUAACUGUGCUGUCGUGAGCGAGAAGGAUCUGCAGUCCGGACAACACGUGACAGUGAAAACGACACCAAACCACAAGUACGUGUUUACAGUAAAGACCCAUCACACUGUAGCAGCUGGAAGCAUCGCCUUCAGCCUGCCACAGAGGAAAUGGGCCGGUCUCUCCAUCGGCCAGGAAGUGGAAGUGUCCAACUACAACUUUGACAAGUCCAAGCAGUGCAUUGGCGCCAUGACAAUCGAAAUCGACUUCCUGCAAAAGAAGAGCACCGACUCCUCUCCCUACGACUCGGACAAGAUGGCCGCCGAGUUCAUCCAGCAGUUCAACAACCAGGCCUUCUCCGUCACCCAGCAGUUAGUGUUCAGUUUCUGUGACAAGCUGUUCGGACUGAUGGUGAAGGACAUCGAGGCGAUGGACACCAGCAUCCUGAAAGGAGAACCAGCUUCUGGGAAGAAGCCGCAAAAGAUCGACAUCGGUCUGAUGGUGGGCAACAGCCAGGUCAUCUUUGAGAAGGCAGAGAGUUCUUCGCUCACACUAGUUGGUAAGGCAAAGACCAAGGAGGCACGGCAGACAAUCAUCAACCCGGACUGGAACUUUGAGAAAAUGGGUAUUGGAGGUCUGGACAAGGAAUUCUCUGACAUUUUCCGCAGAGCCUUCGCUUCCAGGGUGUUCCCUCCUGACAUUGUGGAUCAGAUGGGCUGCAAGCACGUGAAGGGAAUCCUGCUGUUUGGGCCACCAGGGUGUGGAAAAACCCUGAUGGCCCGGCAGAUCGGCAAGAUGCUCAACGCCCGUGAGCCAAAGGUGGUUAACGGCCCGGAGAUUCUCAAUAAGUACGUGGGAGAGUCUGAAGCCAACAUCCGCAAGCUGUUUGCCGAGGCAGAGGAUGAGCAGAAGAGGCUUGGUGCCAACAGCGGCCUGCACAUCAUCAUCUUCGAUGAGCUGGAUGCUAUCUGCAAGCAGAGAGGCACGGGCGCCAGCAGCACGGGUGUGCACGACACUGUGGUCAACCAGCUGCUGUCGAAAAUUGAUGGCGUGGAGCAACUUAACAACAUCCUGGUUAUUGGAAUGACCAACAGACCCGACCUCAUUGAUGACGCUCUGAUGAGGCCUGGCAGGUUUGAGGUGAAGAUGGAAAUCGGUCUGCCUGAUGAGAAGGGUCGCGUCCAGAUCCUGAACAUCCACACCAAUAAGAUGCGGAGCUUUAACCUGCUGGCUGCAGAUGUUGACGUCAAAGAGCUGGCCGCAGAGACAAAAAACUACAGCGGCGCCGAGCUGGAGGGGCUCGUCCGGGCCGCACAGUCCACCGCCAUGAACCGACAUAUCAAGGCUACAUCUACAGUUGAGGUGGACAUGGAGCGGGCAGAGAAGCUGCAGGUCACCAGGGCUGACUUCAUUGGAUCCCUCAACAAUGACAUCAAACCCGCUUUUGGCACAAACCAGGAGGAUUACUCCAGCUACAUCAUGAAUGGGAUCAUCAAAUGGGGCGACCCCGUUACCCACGUCCUGGAUGACGGAGAGCUGCUCGUCCAGCAGACCAAGAACAGCGACCGCACUCCUCUGGUGGCUGUACUCCUGGAGGGUCCGCCCCACAGUGGGAAGACAGCCCUGGCAGCGCAGAUUGCAGAGGACUCCCAGUUCCCCUUCAUUAAGAUCUGCUCUCCAGACAAGAUGAUUGGAAACUCUGAGAUCUCCAAAUGCCAGGCUAUCAAAAAGGUCUUCGAUGAUGCAUACAAGUCCCAGCUCAGCUGUGUGGUGGUGGAUGACAUCGAGCGCCUGCUGGACUACGUGCCUAUUGGUCCUCGUUUCUCCAACCUUGUGCUGCAGGCUCUGCUAGUGCUGCUUAAAAAACCUCCACCCAAGGGCAGGAAGCUGCUCAUCAUCGGCACCACCAGCAGGAAGGACGUCCUGCAGGAGAUGGAGAUGCUGGACGCCUUCAGCACCACCAUCCAUGUCCCCAACAUCUCCACUGGGGAGCAGCUGGUGGACGCCUUAGAGCUGCUUGGAAGCUUCACGGAUAAAGAGCGGGCCAGCAUCGGCCAGCAGCUGAGAGGGAAGCGGGUCUGGAUCGGCAUCAAGAAGCUGCUGGUGCUCAUAGAGAUGUCGCUGCAGAUGGAUCCAGAUUACAGAGUGAUCAAAUUCAUGACUCUGCUUAGAGACGAGGGAGCGUUGAAUGAAGGCGAUCAAAUCCGAAUUUAAGCUGUCGGUCACUCUUUCCUGUGAUCGCAGCUUGUAAGAGCAGAGGGAGCAAGUGGAGCUGAGGAGACUUUCAUUUUCUGCAAAACCAUAAACAUGAACCAACGUGACAGGAGAAAACUGAUCCCUGGUCUAACGCCUCUACCCCUCCGCAUGUCCAACCGAGAAAACGUCUCCGUGUCUCCUUCCCUCACGCUCACCGACGUCACUAACGGCACUUAUAUCAACAUGUUGCAGCCAACUAUUGGAAGUUGUAAUGUGAAACUGUUCUCUGUAAAGGAACUUGCAAUAGAUGAUUGUGGAGAAAAUAAAAAAGGUGUUGUUUUGUGCAUUGUGCGUAAAAAAA